AUGUUAUGUGUCCAUGGGCUAGUGGCCUCCUACCACGUGGCAGGCGUGGAUUCGCCGGGUUCCCUGCGGAGUCCGCGUGGCGGAGGAGCUAGCAGCAGUGGAGGGCUCGCUGGAGGGCCGACGGUGGUAGGUGGGCUGCUGGUGGCGGCGGCCAGUCGUGCGGCGCGGAGGACCGCCGACGGUGGAGGGGCCGACUGGAAGCGGCACGGCGGCGGCAAUGAUGGCUGGGCCGGAAGAGAGGGGCCUGCACGGGCCGCAACGGAGCGGGCAGCCUACGCGGGUGGCGGUGGGGCGAGCGGCGGCAGCGACAGAGCGGCUGGCUGGGCGGCAGCUGCGGGGGUCGCUGGAGAUUGGCCGAUGGCAGCGGAGGGAUAG